AGGAUUACAGUUUAUUCAUUUCAAGAAAGAUUAAAUUUUUUGAGAGCAGGCUCCACAUACCGUAUGCUGCCAUAAGCGUUUUUUGCACAUAAAGCUAUCGCAGCAUUAUAUCAUCAUAGUAUAUAUAUUGCACUCUCAUUUUUCCUCUGUAUUCUAUGAGGACACACCGAUAUCAAGAUAACACCUGACGUCUGGCCCCUAUGGGGAUUAUGACCCCCGUUUGAUGAAGAGAACAGGUUCAUUGGCAGCAUAUAAUAACCCAGUCCUCAUCACUCUUAAAUAACAGCGCAAACAUGCUGGGAAGAACGCACCUCCUGUCCUCGCUUUUGUCUCUUUUGCUCUUUGACACGGCGAGUGGCUGUGAGUUGUUUGGAAAGUUCCACAUGCCCAGUCUUUUACAGAGAGGAGACAUCAUGAUUGGGGGCAUUUUCCCGAUUUUUAACAAAGAGCUAGGCAGCACCUCAACAUUUCGGCAAAACCCUCCUGGAAUCAAAUGCGCAGGGUUUGACCUGCGAGCUUUUCGAUGGACUCAAGUGAUGGCAUUCACAAUUGAAGAGAUCAACAAAGAUACAGCCCUCCUGCCAAACAUAUCUCUUGGGUACAGGAUCCUCAACUCAUGCGCAUCUUCCACCAACACUUUACGAGCGGCUCUAACACUUGCCGGUGGAAAAGAAGAAACAGAACGUGGCUCAUCUUGUCUGCCGGUGAUAUCUGCCCUCGUAGCUGAGUCCGGAUCUUCCCAGUCUCUUGCUGUAGCCAGCACGCUUGGACCUUUUCAAGUACCAAUCGUGAGUUACUUCUCAACAUGUGCCUGCUUAAGUGACAGAUCAAAGUAUCCUACAUUUUUUCGAACCAUUCCCAGUGACUAUUUCCAGGCAAAAGCUUUGGCGGCCCUGGUCAAACGCUUUGGCUGGCGGUGGAUCGGAGCCAUACAGUCCGACAACGACUACGGGCGUCACGGGGUCCUCGCCUUCAAAGAAGAAGUUAAAAAGUUUGGGGUUUGUGUGGCAUUCGUCGGAACAAUUUUGCGUAGACAUUCAAUGGACAGGCUCCAAGCUGUUGUGGAAAUGAUCAAGCGAUCGAGCGUUAAAGUUGUUCUUGCGUUUACACCCGAGGGUGACUUUUAUCCUUUGAUGAAGGAGAUUGUGAAACAGAACAUCACAGGGAUCCAGUGGAUCGCCAGUGAGGCCUGGAUAACAGCCCUUCGACCGUCCAACCCGGAAAUUUACCAAGCUUUCGGUGGGGCCCUCGGCUUUGUGAUGCCCAAGAUGGCGAUUCCAAAGUUGAAGCCUUUCCUAGCGGGCAUCACUCCUUACGCAGACGCGGGUGCUGCAUUUGUGAGGGAAUUCUGGGAGAUAAUGGUGACCCAUCACCUCCAAAGGGUAAAAUUUAAGAACCAAUUUGGUGAUUAUGUCUUCUUUGACGAAAAUGGUGAUCCACCGGCUUCAUAUGACCUGAUCAACUGGCAGCUGAUAGACGGGAAAGUUCCAAUCUCAGUGUGCUCGGUGGAAUGUCCAGCGGGGACCAGGAAAGCUCAAAAAAAGGGAGAACCCAUUUGCUGUUUUGACUGUAUCCCGUGUGCUGAUGGUACUGUAGCCAACACGACAGGUGCGGCAGACUGCACGCCAUGUCCACAAGAAUUCUGGUCCAAUGAGAGGAGGGAUGAGUGUAUUCCAAAAACCAUUGAGUUCCUGACCUAUUACGAGCCGAUGGGCAUCGCUCUGACUGCUGUGUCGCUGCUGGGGGCAUCGCUGUCGCUGGUCACCAUGCUCAUCUUCAUCUACUUCAGGCACACUCCGGUGAUCAAGGCCAGCAACUCGGAACUGAGCAUCUUUUUGCUGUUUUCUCUCCUUUUGUGCUUCCUAUGCCCCCUCACGUUCAUCGGCAGACCCACGGCGUGGGUGUGCAUGCUGCGCCAUACGGCGUUCGGAUUGACGUUCGCUCUUUGCAUCUCCUGCGUCUUGGGCAAGACGAUUGUGGUCGUGACGGCUUUCAAGGCCUCAUUCCCCGGCGCCAAGGGUGCUGGAACGUUCGGGCCGACACGGCAGCGGAUUAUUGUUUGCUCGUGCACUCUGGUGCAAAUACUAAUAUGUGCUCUUUGGCUCAAAUUAAACCCACCCUUCCCAGCCAUGGUUUUCAGAUACAGCAAUAAGAUCAUUUUGGAAUGCAACACUGGCUCUGAAGCGGCGUUCUACGCGGUGCUGGGUUACAUAGGCUUUCUUUCAAUUAUAUGUUUGGUGCUAGCAUUUCUCGCAAGAAAGCUGCCGGAUAACUUUAACGAGGCCAAAUUGAUCUCAUUUAGCAUGCUGAUAUUUUGCGCAGUCUGGAUCACUUUCAUCCCGGCCUACGUCAGCUCUCCUGGUAAGCUGACCGUCGCUGUGGAGAUAUUUGCCAUUUUGUCUUCAGCUUUUGGUUUGCUAGUUAGCAUUUUUGCACCUAAAUGUUUCAUCAUAUUAAUAAAGCCAGAAAAGAAUACCAAAAAGCAUGUCAUGGGUAAAAUGUUUAAUACUGGUCCUUGAGAUGAUUGUACUUGCUGUUUAUUAUUACCAGUUUAUUUGUACCAGUUUAUUAUGUAAAAUGACAGUAAUGGUAUAUGAAUGUAUUGUGGUUUAAUGAAAAUAUGUACUGUAGAACCGAAUGGACAUUUUACUGGGAGCAAAAAAGAAAAACAAUCUGAUUUUCUACGUUGUUGCUUUCCCAGCAUGCAUUGUUUCAGAGUGCGUCAAGGACAAGCUGCAGUCAAGUGACCAGGGUUCAGGUUAGGCUAACCCUGACUCUAACUAUUAAGUAAAGGUAUAUCGAGUGUAUACAUUAUAGCCGACUGCAUAUUGUAUAUAGUGUGUAGACUCGCUCGAAUAAGAUCCAAUACAAAACAUGGUUUGCAUUAAAGACCACCGCGUCACACUGAGUGCUGUUUCUAAUAUUUUGGUGAACAUAUUUAGCUAAAGUAAGGAUACAUAAUGGAAAUAAAACUUGUUCGAUUCAAUGCAGCUUUUAUGCAUUUUUAAAUAAGAAUCAUUUUCAACAUUUUCACGUUUGAAAGGUGACAAUAUUUUUUUUUGUAAAGGUCAUUGCCCACUUCAUUCCAACUACAUCAAAAUAAAUCAAUGUGCGUCUGCCUCCCAGUGGACAGUCCAUGGAAAAAUCCAAUCUGACUGUAAAAGGGGCCAUAUGAUGGGAAAGUGAUUAUUUUUUAUAGCUUGUAUAGAGUGUAGUUGGGGCCAGGAACAUUCUGGCUAAACUUGCAAUGCCUCAAGUUCAAGAUCUGGACGAAGUGG